UUUAUACACAGUUUGUCCAUUUUAUCCAGAGUUUCGGAUCUCCCCGCGGUCUCCCGGCCCUGACACCCCAGCAGUGCCCAUUAAUGCUGUGUUACUCGGCUGUCCAGGGCCGGCCCGGCGGGGCCCAUGCUCUGAGCUGGGACCUUCCCUCCUCUCUGUAGAAAGCCACCCUCGGCUGCCCCGGUCGCCAUCUUGUGGUGGAUCCUCCUCCUCGGUUCUCCGUACUCUGAGCCCGGGGGGCCGCGGCCUCCUCCCCUCAGUCGAGGCAGCAGGAGGAUGCCGGGCCCGAGGAGGCGUUAUGAGCAUGAGAUCCAGCGCGUAUCGCCCGAGGCCCGACGACCCCUCGCCGGGGGAAGAGCCUCCGGAAAGCGCGGGGCUUGCGGGUUGGACUAGGCCGCAGUGCGAGCACCGGGCAGGGGAGCGGGGGAAGCGGCAGGCCGGGCCCAGCGAUCCGUGCGGCAAGCUCGGCAGCGAGGCGGGGGCACUGGCGGACAAAGGGGCCGGUGGAGCUGCCGGAGCGGCGGUAACCGGGGCCGGGGCGGCUACAACGGCGGCCACCGGGCAAGGGCAGGCCCCGGCCACCAACAGCUCGGCCCCCGGUCCUCCCCGCUGGAGGCCGCCGCCGCUGAGAGGGGGAGCGGGAACCGGGGCCUGCCUCAAACAGAUCGUCCUCCUCCAGCUGGACCUCAUCGAGCAGCAACAGCAGCGGAUCCAGGACCGGGAGCGGGAGAUCGGCGAGCUCAGGGCCGAGAAGGACACGGUAAGAGCCGGGGGAAGAGAGUACCAGAGACCGGGGACUGGGCCUAUACCGGGCUGGGGUACCGGGGACUGGGCCUAUACCGGGCUGGGGUACCGGGGACUGGGCCUAUACCGGGCUGGGGUACCGGGGACUGGGCCUAUACCGGGCUGGGGUACCGGGGACUGGGCCUAUACCGGGCUGGGGUACCGGGGACUGGGACUAUACCGGGCUGGGGUACCGGGGACUGGGCCUAUACCGGGCUGGGGUACCGGGGACUGGGACUAUACCGGGCUGGGGUACCGGGGACUGGGACUAUACCGGGGACUGGGUCUACACCGGGCUGGGACUAUACCGGGGACUGGGUCUACACCGGGCUGGGGUACCGGGGACUGGGACUAUACCGGGCUGGGGUACCGGGGACUGGGACUAUACCGGGCUGGGGUACCGGGGACUGGGACUAUACCGGGCUGGGGUACCGGGGACUGGGACUAUACCGGGCUGGGGUACCGGGGACUGGGACUAUACCGGGCUGGGGUACCGGGGACUGGGACUAGACCGGGCUGGGAGACCGGGGACUGGGACUAUACCGGGCUGGGGUACCGGGGACUGGGACUAUACCGGGCUGGGGUACCGGGGACUGGGACUAUACCGGGCUGGGGUACCGGGGACUGGGACUAUACCGGGCUGGGGUACCGGGGACUGGGACUAUACCGGGCUGGGGUACCGGGGACUGGGACUAGACCGGGCUGGGAGACCGGGGACUGGGACUAUACCGGGCUGGGGUACCGGGGACUGGGCCUACACCGGGCUGGGAGACCGGGGACUGGGACUAUACCGGGCUGGGGUACCGGGGACUGGGCCUAUACCGGGCUGGGGUACCGGGGACUGGGACUGUACCGGGGACUGGGUCUAUACACAUAUCAUUUACUAGCUUUUAAAAUAAUACUUCAAUACUGUGUGUGUGGGUAGCAAACGGACUGACAGUAAACUUUAUUCUGAGUGCUGACAGUGAGAUCAGACAGGGAUUGAUUGAUAUGUUAAUGUAUCUUGUUAGCAGAUUAUAUCACAUUAAAGACCUCAUGGAAAGACAAGUGCAAAAGUGAUUACUUGCUUAUAACAGAUAAGCUAGAAUUUGACAUUCUGAGGCACCUGCAUGUAGGCAUUUAUAAAAUCUACAACAUUUAGGAUCUUGUGGUGUUCAUCUAUUUUUGAGAGCUAAAUUUACAUUGUUAUACACAGAAAUUAUAUAGGUUAUUUACUUUCUUAUGUUGACUGGGUUAAUAAAGUUGUUUUAAUUCAGGUCUGAUUAAUCAAUAGCCUAAUAAGCUUUCCUGAUGUAAUAACUAAGCCAGUAAAGGAUGUAUGACUACACAUGUUAUGUGGUUGUUUGUACAUUAUUGACUUAAGUAACAGGCUAGUUAGUCUGAUGAUUAUUAUUUUAUCAGACCAGUUGUACACAUUAACUGGGGGGGGAGAUGGUUAGCACUUUAUCUGUUUGACAUACAAAGUCUCUUUUUAAAAUGGCCUGCCUUGUUAAAGCUACAGUAUACUCUACACUAGGCCUCCACCCAGCUUCUAGUGUACUCUCUGUGCCUUCCCCCAGCUCACAUGAAUUUCACGUUCAAGCGUGGGUUGUGUAACUCUUGUAAACUAUUUGUUACACCCCUUAAAGCAUAAAUUAUGUGCUUAAAUCGUUAAGGAGAUAUUGAUUUGUUUUCUUUAGCCGGUUUUGGGGGGGAAAAAAAUUAAUGUGACUUACUCAUUUUUAGGCCUCCUCAGGUAUACACGUGAUCUGCAACUGUGUUUAAAACAUGUAUCAACCUAAUUGUGAAAUUCUUACUUUAAAAUAACAAACACAAUCUUUUAUACUUUUUUUUUAUUUUUUUUUUAUUAUAUAUAUAUAUAUAUAUAUAUAUAUAUAUAUUUUUUUUUUUUUUUUUAUCCCUUCCAUACCAGGCUUUAAUAAUUUUUUCUUCUGUUAACUUAGUAAGGCCCUGCUUGCAUUUAGAUGUGAAGCAUAUUUUGAUAAGAAAUAAACGGCGAACUGUAAAUGUGCUUAUUAAAUCGCAUUUGGUAGACUAGCUACCCACAGCAUGCAUCAAAUAGAAUUUAAAUCCCCAAUUUUUUACUUGCUCUGCAACAUUAACAAACAAACUCUGUAACUUGAAUACCCCAUCAUUUCACAGACUUUUAUAUCCCCAACACACAUUUGUAUCUCUCCUGGUAUACUGUUGGUACUGCUAUAUAUCUUGCGGCUAGGCUGGGGGGGAGGGAGACCAUAGUGUAUACUUUUGUGUGUGUGUGUGUGUGUGUGUGUGUGUGUGUGAGAGAGAGGUGGAUUUAUAGUGGAAAGUGAGUGAAAUAAAACGAAGGCAUGAGAGGGAGAUAUGGAGUGUGGCUGUGAGAGCUAGUGCUUAUAUGCAGUAAUGCUAGGAGAUCUCCCUCCCCAGCCCUCCAUAGGAAGGAACCACACAGGCUGAGGUAAUGCCCCCUCCCUUCCCCAUCUCUCCCCCCACACACUCGCUCCCCUCCCCCUUCUCUACAUCUUUUCACCCCCUCCCCUUUUCUCCAGCAUGCACAUUCAUGAGAAUCACACAGGACCAUCAUGGCAUUGGAGGAAGGGAGGGAGGUUUAAAUGGGCUGCCAUGGCAACGGAAUGGAGGGGAGAUACCAUGGAUUUAAGGUUUGUUAAAAGUAAGGGGGGGUGGUAGGGAUUUUCUGGUUUUAUAUUUAUUUUGGGAACCCGCAGGAGGGUGGACUCUGUCCGGUUUUGCAGGAGUGUUAAGGGUCAAUGGCAUCUGCUAGUUUGCUGGAGAAUAUGAAAUUCAGAGGGUGUCUGUAUUGUUAAAAUGACCACAGCUCUUUAGUGGUAGUGCAGGGAUUAACAGCCCCCUUUAACAUUCUCUGUUAACCCUUCUGUCUCCAGAAGUUUAUAGAGCACAUAGAUACAGGCCUUUAGCAUUGAAAUGGUUAAAACACUAGUGCGCCAAAUGGAUUCUAGGCAUUUGAGCAGGUUUUAUUUGUAUGCUUAACCCCUCAUGGUUUAUUUUGCAUAUUUUAUACAAUCUAAAUGUUUGCUUUUAUACCUCUAGAGUGUAAGCCCGUUUGAGCAGUGUCUUUAUCAAGCUAUUGUUCCUGUAACGUUCUGAUUUCUCAUUUAUUGUUAGAUUCUCCCCAUGACAUUAUUGUAAAGCGCAGCGGAAUAUGUUGGCGUUAUUUAAAUGCCGUUAAUAAUAAUAAUAAUAAUACCACCCCUUGUCUAUGUAUUCUGUUUGGCGCCCAUUAGAGGUGGUGGUUGAGAUCCCUCUAUCCCCAGCAGGUCUCCUGGCUAUUAUAGAGGUGUCUGUCUCACACACUGAUUUGGUGCAAUGCAGGCUGAAUGUGGCUGUAAAAUCUGCACUGUGUGUUUGUCUUAUCCCUUCCUCUCUUCCUUUCCCUUUUUUCCCCUCUCACUUACUUUCUCUUCCCCCUCAAACUUUUCUUUCUUCCCUAUAUUUUUUGUUGUUGUUUGUUUGGUUUUUUUUGUUUUGUUUUUUACUUUGCUCUGCAUUUACAUCAUGUGUGUUUUGUAUAGUGAUCAAAUAUUUCCCCCCAACUUUUGAAACACAUAAGUAGGAGGUCAGGCUUUACAGGCCCACUGACAAAUACUACAGGAAUGUCCUGCGUGAAGAUUCUCCAAUUUGAUCUUCAUCCGUUGUUUGUAUUGGCACUCCUUUAAAGGCACCAAUGUAUGAUGUGUAGUAAAUGAAUGUGUGCAUGGUCAAACCCCUUCAUACAGUAGGAGAAGCAUGAAUAUGGGGCAAACCAGUAAGUGCAUCUAUUUUGCUGUUUCCUUUUAAGAACUCUUAAGUCUUGCUUAAGUGUAAUGUUGAGGUGUUGAUAAACGAAGAUCUCUUAAUUUGUUGGUAGUACAGAUUUAAUUCCACGUAUUCAGUAGAUGAACAUCCCUCUCUUUCCUGUAUGUUUCCACAACACAGUUUUGCUCAGUACUGGUAUACAGACAUUACCCUGUACCCAUCUCAUACUGCUUUCCUCAUUGUGUCCAUCUUCUUUCCAACAUCCAGCUCCUGGCCCGCAUUGAGCGGAUGGAAAGGCGCAUGCAGCUGGUGAGAAAGGAUAGUGAGAAAGACAAACAGCGCACGUCUCAGAGCCGCGAACCGGACGGCGACAUGCCAGAAGGUCCUCUCCCAGAGAGUGCAGGGGGUGGGGAAUUUCCCCCUGAGGACACUCCUUGCUUGAGUGGCCAUAUUCCGAAACCUUUUUCUUAUGGCCGCAAUGCGAAAGGACACAAGAGGUUUGUAAAACUAAAAUAAAAAAACAAAAACAAAAAGAUAAAAUAUACAUCGACGUUUCAGCCCCAACUGGGCCUUUAUCAAAGUAGUCCAAUACAGUGUGUGUGUGUGUGUGUAUAUAUAUAUAUAUAUAAAAAUUAGAAUUCUACUUACCAAUAACUGACCCGGUAUGUGAUCUGAGCAUGUGGAGACUCAAUUUGCUGGAAAACACCAUGUGUGUGUGACCAGCGUCUGUGAUGCCAUAGAAACCAUAUGUGAAGAUACUAAUGUGGAACAUUCAUAUCUUACUAUACAGUAAGCUAGUAAAACUGUUGCCCGAAUUAAACAAUUUAAAAAUCUAACGACGUGUAAAUUUCACAAAAUUAAUUUAUUCAUAGAUUACAUAACAAAAGACGGCUAGAUAGUCUAGUUAGGAUUCAUGGAUUUCAAUUCAUUAAGUUUUUAAUGAGUUUAGUUUGGACAACAAUUUUACAGAUUAAUAUAUAGUAAGAUACGAAUGUUUUGCUUUAGUAUCUUCACACAUAUGGCUUCUAUGGCAUCACAGACGCCGGUCACGCACGUCACUGUAUUGCGUCUCCAUAUGCGCAGAUCAUAUACCAGGUUGGUUAUUGGUGAGUAGGAUUUCUAAAUUCUCUAUAUAAGACACAUUGCACAGUAUUGGUUUAUCUUGGUAAAGGCCCAGGUGGGGUCCAAAAUGUUGUUUUUUAUUUUGUUGAUGUAAACUUGUAUGUAAAUUUAUAAAAUACAAGUCCUGAGAGUAAUGAAAAAUAAUAAACAGUUGAUGUAAAAGUGCAUUCCUUUAUUAUAUGUAGAGAUUGCAUUGUGUAAAGAUAUAUGGAUUUCAAUAUUUCUCCUCAUUUUUCUGUUCAGUCAGUGACUGGUGACGUAUUUGCUACCCAUGGCACAACUACAGGUAAAUGGGGAAAUAGUCUUUUAGUAAUCAGUGCAGCAAUUUGGAAACUGAAUAAAAUUUUUCCCCUUUACCCCUAAAUAUUAAGCAAUGCUGUUCUCAUUUUCAAUGGACAUGAGAUUUAAGUAUCAUAGACACGCAACAAAAAUUCCAUUCAUCAAAAUGUGAAUGGAAAGGGCUGCAUAACCUGAUUACUGGUUGCUCCGUCUAUAGCUUUAUGAAUGGUGACACUGAUGUGACUACACGGCUGUGCUCCAGGUGGCUGAAAAUGGAUUCUGUUUAGGUUGGUACGUUUAUAGCCUGUGCUCGCCCAGUGUGCAUAUAUAGUAGCUGGACAGAUUUCUGUAAAACACAAGUUUCUGUCUAUGAGGUUGAGAUUUAUGUGAAAUAGAUGGGUAAGGGAAGAUGGGGAUAAGAAGCAUCUGGCACUAUACUUUUUUUUUUCUUUUGUUUGAUGUUGUUGCAUUUUCAUUAAUUUGAUGGGCUGUCUUUGUACCCUAACAGGAAAUCUGCUUUCAGUACUUCUGAGCACAGGACGUCAGUCAAAAGAUUGACGUCACACUUUGCGAAAAUGAAGGGCAAGACCCCAAUGACUCUGACACAGGAAGAGGAUGCUGAACCAGGGGGCUCCCUGUCUGAGUCUGCAUGCCAACGGGAACUACGCAGCAAGGAGACCCCAGAAAAAUCACAUUCUCCUGUGGACACUCCCCUAAGACCUUCAUGGGGUAGCUCUGUAUCUCACUUGCUAAAGGACAGCAACCCACACCCUAGUGAGGCAGAGUCCCUUCCCUACCUUUGCACCACGGACAUGUAUCUCAGCCGUUGGCAUCAGCCACCUCCAUCCCCACUGAGGGAGCCAUCCCCCAAAAAAGAAGAGAGUGUGGCAAGUAAGAAACCACCCAAGCUUUUGUCGUUUUGAUAUGGGGUUGGUUUUCCAGAAUGCAAAGGGAGGGAAAUUUUAGAAGAAAAAAUUAAUUUUAAAAAAAAUUGUUUUUUAUAACCUUUAUUUACCAAGAAACCUGCAAUAUUUGUGCAUUUCUGUUAUCUGUUGACGUGCAUUGACUCUUAAAAGUCAGGCUGAACAUUUGUUUGCCUAGCUUUGUUUACCAUUUUUUUUUCUAACCGAGGGAAAUGUUUUACACCCUUUGUCAAUGUUACCUAAUAUGUUUUUCACAUAGCUUGUUGCUAUUUCACUGUGCUGCACCAGGGAGUGUGGUCUCACAGCGAUGGCAUGCACUGCAUUCUAUCGGUGUAAUGACCAUGUGAUUUUACAGACUACACUAUAGCAACUUGCCAGACUACACUUCAUGGUAAAGCUACUCGGUGCUUUCCACCGGACUCAAGGAAACGCAUCAUAUCACAGAACUUGCACUAUAGUAUUUUCACAGUCUGAUUAAGAAUGAGCGAUCCAUUCAUUUAAAGGAUCACUAAAGUCACCCUUACCACUUUAUCUUAAUGAGGUGGUUUAGGUGCAGUAUCCAUGUAAUACAUUGCAGUGGUUAAAUACACCUCUGAAAGCCGCCAUUAGAGGUGCUUCUGCAGCACUGACCAAGCAAAACUCACCUCUGCGGAAGUCUCGAUAGGAGAGCAUUGAUUCCAUAUAGGGAAGCUUGGAUGUGCACAUGGCACUCGCCAUACAUAUGCAUCAGGUCUCCAGUGCUCCUCUGAGGAGCUUUGGAUUGGACCUACGAUGGAGGAGGCUAUGCUUCCUCCAAGAGGUCAUAUAAGACAGAGAAGGAGCCUCAGCGUUUGGGGAAAAAGGUAUUAAAAAUCACUUUAUUAUUUUUAUCACGCACACAGGGGGACACCUCUAUAAAAAGGGGCAAUGACACUAACGCUAUAGGAAUACAAGUUUGUAACACUCAAAUAUUCAAUGAAAUAGGCUAUUAGAAAUUAUGGGCAUACAUUUAAAAAAAACAAAAACAUUUUUUUAAUUACAAUUGCAAUACAGGCUACUCACACCAAUAUUAACAAGCCACAUUCAUAUGCACAUAAAAAUCUGCUCACAUACAUAUUCAAAUAGCAACACACACAUUCUCUCCUGUCUUACUCUAUUUCCAGCUCAUCCGUGUCAACAGUAACAUUUUGGGUUUGCUGGAAUAUAACCUUAUUUCACUAUAAUUCAAGAAGUUACUAAAUCGUUAACCGAGCGGCUGACUCUUGGUGUUGGUGCAGUGGUAACCAUUAGCUGCCUGGCACAUUUAUUUAUGUUUAAAUAUAUCACUUAACUACACUAGAGGGCAGCAGUGGGUCUGGCCUCCUAGUGAUUUGCACAGAGAAGCAGCAACAAGGUGUAAAAAUAUUAUAUGAAUAAUAAAAAGUGAUCAAACGGCUCUAGACCCAGGCCCACCUGUUAUAGGCAUAAAUAUACAUUGGGAACCAGAAAUUAGCAAAUCUUACAUAACAUUUUAGUGCUCAUAUUUAAUGUAAAUAGACACGAAUUGUACAUUGUUUAUGUAAGACAGAUAUAAAAAAAAUAAAAAAAUUUUUUUGGUAGGAAACGCCAACAAUCAAAUCAGAAUCUAGCUGGAGGUGAAAUGAUGUAGAAACAUUACGGAGCAUAAAUUCAUGGGAGUUCCAGUUUAAAAUACUUUCUUUUCAGCCAUCUAAAUAUUGGCUAAUUCGCAAAUAUUUGAGUGUCUCCAAAAUAAAUUUUAUAUUUACUAAAGUUGGCGCAUGACUUUACAUAUAUUUUAGGGCUGUGGAUUUAGUUAUUUAUCCCUUUAAGUUUAUAUUUCUCUACUUCUUAGUGCAGUUGCUCUGCCUUUGGGUUUUGGGCUGUCACAUGGUAGAACGUUCCAUUAGUAGGCAUGCAUGACUACACUGAUUGGAAAAGCUUCUUUCAAGGCAUUAUUUUUUUUUUUUUACCACUCUGUGUAUUUCUGAAUGAUUUGUGGUGUGUCACAGCCCUCCGAUUGUCCUGUUUAUGUCUGCAAUGUGAGCACUGUCCCUAAAAGCAAAUCACAGAUGCACGCAAUGUAAACUGUGCUGCAUACACUAUCUGUGUACAGUGCUAAAGUGGAAACAUAGAAUGGCUUUUAAGUGGACCAAUUUUUUUUUUUUUUUUUUUUUCCUGUUCUUUUUUGUGCAUGCAAAAUAUAGGAAGGGUUUGGAAGAAUUGUUUUCCAUUUAAAUUUCCCAUUGUUAGGAUGUGCUAGGGAGAUUUACAAUCCAGUAGAAUUAAACCAGGAGAGAGAGAGAGAGAGAGAGAGAGAGAGAAUAAAACCCCAAAACACAGUUCCUGUUCUACUUGCUGGGUUUCAAACUACUCACCACUGCAAGCCUGGUUGGCCAAUGGCACAAUCUCCAAGUGUAAAAGUCUACUUACCAGGGCUAAUUUUUCAGUUGCGUGUGUCUAUAUUUUGCUGAUCAGCUACUACAUUAAAACCUGAGAUCAAGGGGUGGGAUAUAUUCGGCACCAAGUGAACAGUCUGUUCUUGUAUUUAAAGUGUUGGAAGUAGGAACAAUGGGCAAGCGAGAAGAUCUGAGUGACUUUGACAAAGGGCAAUAUAGGGAUUGCUAGAUGACUGGGUGAGAAGAUCUCCAAAACGACAAGUCUUUUGGGGUGUUCCCAGUAUGCAGUAGUUAGUAGCUACCAAAAGUGGUGCAAGGAAGGACAACCGGUGAACAGCCGUCAGGGCCAUUGAUGCACAUGUGGAGCGAAGACUAGCCCUUCUGGUUCAAUCACACAGCUAUUCUAGCUCCGAUUGCUGAAAAAUAUAAUGCUAACCGUGGUAGAAAGGUGUCAGAACACACAGUGCAUUACUGAUUGCUGGGUAUGGGACUGCAUAGCCGCAGGCAAUUCAUUGUGCCCAUAAUGACCCCUGUCACCGAAAGCGCCUUUAAUGGGGAAGUGAGUGUCAAAACUGGACCAUGGAGCAAUGGAAGAAGUGUUGCCUUGUCUGAUGAAUCCAGAAUUCUUUUAGAUCAGGUGGCUAGCCGGGUGUAUGUGCAUCGUUUAUCUGGGGAAGAGAUGACAGCAGGAUGCACCAUGGGAAGACGGUAGGCCAGUGAAGGCAGUGUUAUGCUCAGGGCAAAGUUCUGCUGGGAAACCUCGGGUCUUGGCAUUCAUGUGGUGUUCCCAGAUGGCAGUGGGCUCUUUCAGCAUGAUAAUGCACCAUGUCACUAUGAACAAUUGUUAAGGAAUGUUUUGAGGGACAUGAUAGUGUUACCUUGGCUUCCAAAUUCACCAGAUUUUAUCCGAUUGAUUGUGCUGGCACAACAAUUCUGAUCCACGGAGGCCCCACAUCUCAACUUGCAGGACUUAAAUGAUCUUGUGCUAGAUACCACAGGACACGUUCAGAGUCCAUACCUCAAUGCAUCAGAGCUGUUUUGGCAACAGGUGGGGGGCCUACACGAUAUUAGCCAGAUGAUUUUAAUGUUGUGGCUGAUCAGUGUAUAUUUGACUGAUCAACAUGUAUGUAUGUAUGUAUGUAUAAUAUUUAUUAAAAAAAAAAUCCAUUACUUUUCUCUACUUGAAGUGCCUAGUACAGGCCUAAUUUCAUCCUCCCCCCUUUAUAAAUGGGCACAAGUGCUCAAAAAUAGAUCUGUUUUAUAAAGUAACAUACACAAUAUACAUUAUGACACGUGAGGAAAUCCUAGAAAAUGUUUCACCUGUAGGUAAAGUAAGCUCACAAUAUACUAAGCACAUUCGGGAAGACUCAGACUUGUUUGCACGACAGGUCUAAGUAUACAGUGAAUAUUCUGUUGCCAGGACUUCUGCUCCAGAAUCUUUGGCACUGCUGCACUCUGAGAAAUCAAAGGGGACAAUAGGUCAGCUGACUUGUCUGGGAUGUGAAUGUGUGUUAAAUGAUGCUUUAUAUGAAGCUGACAUUUAAUUUUAGUGUUGCAAGCCAGUUUGACCACAGCUGCAAUCAGAGUGCAUAGACAAAACCAGACCAUUGUAUUCCUGGAGCGAUCAUUUCUGCACACACAGAUGACCAGAUUCAAUAGGGUGUGGGUGGAAUCAACAGCUGCUCUUUCAAGCCUUUUCUUUAUUAUUAUAGUUAAGGUGAAAUGCCUAGUGGCGUGUUUAGCAAAAUACGCAGUGCCUUGGGUGCCAGGGCAAUGCCCUUUCUCAGCACCUAGCAGUAGGGAGGAACUAUAGGGAACCACUUCAUAGAGCUAUAGCAUCAGUUCUAGGAAGAACUUGUGAAAUUGUAAGUGACGUUUAAGGGAGAGGUUUUAAGAAAAGGCUAAUGUGGGGAAAGUCGAAUUUCUGGGGAGGGUUUUUUGUUAUAACAAUAGAGCUGUAGUGACUGUAAGCUUGUUUUGAGCAGGGUCCUCUUCAACCUAUCAUUCCUGUAAUUGUCCUAUUUAUAGUUAAACGCCACACCCCCCUCUUAGUAUUGUAAAGCGCUAGAGAAUCUGUUGGCGCUAUAUAAAUGGCAAUAAUAAUAAUAGUGAGAGUUUAGAUUAAUAGGUGUUUAAAAUUACCACAUUUUGGCAAAAAUGCCUAAAAACCAGCCACAGUGUUUCUUUCGAGUCUUGUAAUUUUUGACGACCUAUUUCAUAGACUGGUUCUACAUUUAGCAUUUUUUUUUAUUCUAACUUAAACAUUAAGGGCACUUUAUCCAAGCAGUAUAAAGUCCUCACCGCAUAGCUAAUAUUGGAGCUAGGCAUGUGACAUGAGGUUUAUUUUAAUUUACUCUCUUUUAGUCCCUUCGUGGAGAGAGCAUCCUAUUGAACCUCUGCAGGACCUGAGUGCUUCUGACGUCCCAGAGGUAAGAUAAGUAGUUAUGGUGCUGUGGCUGGUUCAUGGUGUUUGACAUCUAAGAUUAGAUCUUAUUUGUUUUCUUGUGUGGAAUCUACAGGAGUCAUAGCCAGUCUCUCUAUCUAGAAAUUGUGAUGCUUCUUUAACGGGAGUCCUCUAAACUACUACAAGUGAUCUGGGUGCCACGUGCCCACCAUUUUAACCCUGCAGCUGUAAAACAGCAAUUCUUUCUGUAACGGGUUAAGCUGCCACUAAUGGCUGUCAUAAAGCCAAAAGCGGCGCUUCGGUAAAAAUAGCAGAGUAAAACUCUAUUUCAAUCAGAUGAUCUCAAAAAGCCCAUCUGAUUGGUGCAGUGUGGUGUUUUGCUGCCCAUGCGCACCAGCCUUUCAUUGCUUUUCUAUGGGAAAGUAUUGAAUUGACAGAUCAUCACUCUUGAUGAUUUCGGUCAAAGAGACAAAGCUUCACCAAAGAGACUGGCGCUGAGAGGGAGAAAAGAGACGUCAACUAAAUAGUUUUUUUAUUUUUUUCCCUGGCACUGCUGUUUCAGUCACCCAAACAUAUUUGUAUUCCUACCGCUAUUGUGUUUCUUUAAGACAAGAUAUUUGUUUAAGGGUUAUGAAGUGUUCUAUGUAGGUGGGAUGUAGUGAAAUGUUCGUUAGGAUACCAGAAAAAAUGUACGUUGAAAAUAACAGCUGUAAGGCUGGUUUAAUAAACGGACAAUGAGUCAUUGGUUUCUCUCGAUGUCCAUCACUAUUGAGCUCCUGGUAUUCUUCAAACCAAUACAGAGUGUAAGACUGUUCUCUGUAAACAGAUGUUGCUCUGGGCUUAGUUAUGACCCAUUUUAUUACCAUCCCUGAAUUUGUGUGAUUUCAGUUAAAGCACACCCAUAUCACUUGUUUUGAGUAUUCCUGGGGUGUAUCUACAGUCCACACAAUAAAAGCUUGAGAUACGUUCGGAGACCUUCCCAGUACAUUCUUCCGUAUAAUGUAUUUUUUUUUUUUUCGUGAAAGCCCACGUAAUUACUAUGGCUUGUAAGAUGAUGAAAACCUUGAAUUUAUAUAUAUAUAAAAAAAAAAAAAAAAAAACUCCAACAAAUGUUUCCUGUUUAUUGUCAGAACCUUGAUGAUGCAGUAUUUGCAAAAAGACAUGCCAAGUUAGAGCUGGAUGAAAAAAGGAGGAAGAGGUAAGAAGUCACACCUUGCAAGAUGCUCUGCUGUUGGGAUAGUUUUUUUAAAGGGUUCUGUAGUCUUAUUAUUGUUUGUGCUUGGUGCAGGUGGGACAUACAGAGAAUCCGAGAGCAGAGGAUCUUACAGAGACUGCAGCUCAGGAUGUACAAGAAGAAGGGCAGUCAAGAAAGCGAGCCGGAAGUUACCUCCUUCUUCCCAGAGCUUGAAGAUGGUGAGUGUGUCAAAAUCUAAAGUUUACUUUUUUUUAUUUUUUUUUAUUUCUCUUUAUUUACAUUUUUCCUUUAUAAUGUAUUACAAAUACAAUCAAGGACAACAAAAAUAUCUAAAGUUUACUUAAAAGGGACACUAUAGUCACCAGAACAAGUACAGCUUAUUAGAUUUGUUGAGUAUAUCUGGUGAGUAUAAUCGGUCCCUUCAGGCUUUUUGCAGUAAACACUGUUUUUGUUUUUUUGUGUUUUUUUUUUUUUUCAGAGAAACUGCCGUAUGUACAUUACAGCCUAGGGAUUGCUCCAUUAGCCACUCCUUAGAUGGCUACAAGAGGUGCUUCCUGGGUCAGUGCUGCACAGUGUUUGUAUUAUCUGUGUAGUAUUUCAAAGCCGUGCUAAAGGGAGUAUUGUAACAGGAUAGAUUGGACAUAGGGCAGAGUGAUGUCAGCAACGCAGCCCUUACUGAUCUGUGUCUAAGCUGAGUACAUACUUAGAAUAUGUCAUAUAAGAAAGUUAACUUAUACCAAAGUAUGAUUUCAAUGUACAUGUUGGAAGUGUCCUCAAUAAUAUCGAUAGAGGAUGUUGUAUCAGCCUUGGUUUGGAUAAGGUUUCUAAAACUGAUUGUCUGGUUUUGAGAAAUCCUCAUCAGAGUUCAAAUAAGUUAGGAUAAAGGAAAUCUUCCACCCACAAAAAACACAACACACUUUUUAACCCCUUAAGUACAUUUCAGCCAUGAUUGCUUUUUAUUUCUGAAGUUGUGUCCUUAGGGGUUAAUUUCUUAGGUUUCUCUUUCUCUAACAAUCCUCACUACAAUAGCUUAAUUACUUUAAUUAUGUCCCUAUACUAUAAACUGAGAUGGGAAGAUCUCAGUAAUAUUUGUAUCUUAAGCACAGCUUAAACAGGACAAAUAAAGGGACUCAAUGGGCACCCAGACCACUUCAUCUCAAUCUUCAGAAAUGUUUUCUUUGCAUGGUUAACCUACCUCUAGUGCUAGAGGUGCGUCCAUAAAAUAGCAGAGAAACUCUAUUAAAACUCGAAAUUGUCAGAGCUAAUCGGAUUGGCGCAGCACAGCAUGUGCUCUAGCCUCAGUGCUUUCUUAAAGAAAAGCAUUGGAUUGGCAGAGAUCCCCAAUCUCAAGAGACAAAGCUUCACUGAGAAGACCAGUGCUGCGAGUGGAAAAAAGUAUGAUUGCCAGGUAGGGAUAUGUACUUCCCAUGACAUCUCUGUCCCUUCUGUUUGUGUUGGUGUGUGGACCACAAUAGUAUUUCUCUGAUGCGUGCCCUCUAACUAUCGGUUUCUCUCUCCACAGUGGAAUCCAUAAUGCUUACCCCCUACCUCCCAGUUGUGGUAUUUGGACGUCCUCUGCCAAAAAUAACCCCACAGUAAGUACAAAAAGUGUGAUAAAGUUCUCUGACUCAAAUGAUAUAUGGUAGAUAAAUAUUUUGGUAAAAACAUUCAGCACUUAGAGACAAAGUAAAUGCAGGAAAUGUAAACUAAAACCAGUACAACAAAAUAAUGCACGCAUUUCUUAUCUCUGAGAAGCCAGUUAUGGUGUCUGGAGAUCCUGGGCGCCGUCUCGCCUUGUGGGGUUAAACCGUUGUCAAACAGUUUAAACACAAAGUCCUCUGGACCCAAAUUUAUUGCGUAAACCUUUCACUUGAACGCCGGUUACAGGCUGAGAGCAACAGCUGGCAUUCUCAGCCUAUCACUGGUUUCCCAUUAAGAAAAUUCUGUAAAAGGGUAUAAAUCUAUGUUUGUCUAUAACAUAAUCCAGGUGCACUCACUUAAAUCUCUACUGCACACAAACCGCCAUGUAUCACACAUUUACUGAGGCAAGACAUACAUAAAGUGCAAAGAAAUUUCAUCCAUCCUGUAGAGAUCUCUGAUGCCUAAUUUCUUCACCAAAUAGUUGUAAUACGGUUCGAUUCCAUUACCUGAAAUAAGAUUUAGGGUCAGGAGACAAUCGCCUUGCGCAAUCUUUGUAAUUUAUCACCUCCACUUUUUUCCAAAAUAGGAACUUUGAGCUCCCGUGGCUGGAUGAGCGCAGCCGUUGCCGGAUAGAAAUGCAGAAGAAGCAGACGCCGCAUCGGACAUCUCGCAAAUAAGCCGGAGAACCCCCAUCUUGUGAAACCUUUGUACAUAUAUUUUUUUUUUUUUUUUUUUUAUACAGAUGUUAAUGCACUGCAAAUUAAAAUGUAUGAAACCCAUUAAUGCUGCCUCUGUUUCUAACCUCUACUAAGUAUACUGUAUUGCAGACCCCACUGUCACUGUGCUAUGGGCAAAUGACUUUGUCUUUCCCAUAUUUUUAUGCAGUUGAGAUGCUUCCUGCUGUGACAGAUCUCUGAGUGAGCCAAACUGGGGCAAUAAGGGACUUCCAUGCCGUACAAUUAUUUUUGUACAUAUAGUUUCUUUUUCUGGGACGUGAUUUUAACUUUCGAAUGGCUACCCAUUGUCUCCAUAGAAUUUUUGAGUCUUUGGUUCUUAGAGAAUUUUACGUCUUUGUGCUUUCACCUAUUGCUAGAAGCACCUGUGACCACCAGUUUUAUUAUUCUUACCCAAAAUGCCAAUCUUUAACUCUUAACUGGUUGCGUUGUUUAGAGUUGUAUUGUUUUCCUUCUGCUGCCCACCUUCGGUUCCCGUGUUGCUUUAUACUGUUAUGCCGUGAAAAUGGCUUUUGGUUAUUUUAUUCUUGCAAGCUUUCUGUUUAACACUGAACACUUUAAGUAGAUGUUAAACUCCUGUUUCCAAGCCCGACAUCAAGCACAUACAUGCCCUUAUACAUGUCUGUAUUAAUAAACAGGAAGUGUGUUUCUUGUUUUUUUGGGGGGGAGUUACAUUAAAUUGUGACAAAGUUAAUUGAGAGCAACAUUUUUAGUUUAUAUUUACAAGUUUGAAGCAUUUCGGAGAGGGCCUUCCUAAUUCCCAUUCAGUGACACAGGGGUCUGCAGUGCUUUGUCCUGCCGUGGGUUGAGGUCAUUGUAAAACAGAAAGUUUGAAUGUGUCUUCACCCAGAGUGCAGCUACAGUUUACAUUUUCACAAAUUUACCCGUAUCCACCUCUCACAAUUCACCUAUUUUCAAAUGUGUAAAAUAAUGUUUCCAUGUAAUUAUUUUAAAAUCGUUACUGUCUUCGGGGAGUUUGUUGUGAAAUAUCUUUUUUUUGCUCUAUGUAAAUAAAAGCUUGGGGACAAUUUAAUUUC